GAAAGGUUGAGCUUCGACCUUUUUUCUCUCCGUACUUGAAAUCGCUCUCUGUGAUUUGCCUUGCCUUUUGUCAUAAUCUUUCUUACGCUCGUCCUCUCACUAGAGUCUCAUUGACCUGACGCCAUGUCGGAAUCUCGCAAAUCCAAGUCACCGCUUCGGGCUCUGGACCCUCAGCCCAUGCGAAGCCCUUCUCCUUCCGAUGGACGAGCCCCAGAGAGAGCAAAGUCGUAUCCCGGGCCUGACUCCCAGUCUCAGCAGUAUGGUCCUCAGCCGUACAAUCCUCAGGAUUACUCCAACCAGAGCUACAACCCUCAAAACUACGGCCCGCCACCAGACAAAUAUGGACCUCAGAACUACAACCAGUCGUACAACCCCCAGAACUACCCUCCCGUCUCUGGCCCUCAGACAGGUCCCGCCAUGUUUCCCACGCGCCCAGUGUCCGACUCGUAUCUUCCCGACCACGGCGGAGCAAUGGCCAGCAGCACCAAGAUCACCAGCACUCAACAGUAUAGCACCCAGCAGCAGUAUAGCUCUCAACAGCAGAUGGUGCCAGCCAUGGCCCCCACCUCGCUUCGAGAGCUUCAAGCCCUCAAGACGACGUGCCAGUUUGGUCUGCGCGAGUACGUCAGCCUUCAGCGGCAGAGACGGAGCGGUGACUCGGCCAUGUCGGCGUAUGAGUUGGACACGCGCAUCCGCAACCACACCAACGUGAUGCUCAGCGACCUACGGAUUCUCCAGAGCGAGGUGCGCGGUAUUGGCAAAGAGGCCGAGAACCAUCGCUGGAGGAGGUGGAUUAUUGGUGGUGCUAUUGCCACGUUUAUUCCCUUUAUUCGCAAAUUCUGGCGCCGAAGCCACGACGACGAGGAAUCAGCAAUGUCGGCCAAUGACACCGAGUACGCCUUCCGCAAGUCCAAGGGCCUUCUCGAGUACAUCAAGAACGCCCUCCUCGGUCAUGGUAGAUGGGCCAAGUUUGCCUUUAUCGUCUUCGCGGUGCUGUUUGUCUUUUCCAACGAGGUGUCGCUCCGGGUGGCCCGGACGGUGCAGAAGCGCAUCAAGAAGCUCUGCGCGCGCAUCGAGCAGGGCGACCCGGACGUUGACGAGAAGGAUAUGAAGGUUCUUGAUGGCUGGCGAUGGAGGGUUCUCUUGUGGUAAGCACUACAGGAUGGGAUGGGACAUGAAUGAUAUCGUAGUAUGAGGACAUGAUUUUAACGAAGCCUCGGCGAUUGCAUUUCUUGUAUUAUUUUCUUGGGUAUCUUGUUUCUUAGAUAUUUCGUGCCACUCAAUUUACUUUGGACAAAUACUG